AUGGCCGAUCUGCAGGGACGCAAGGUCUUCAAGGUCUUUAACCAGGACUUCAUUGUCGAUGAGCGCUACACAGUAACCAAGGAGCUCGGCCAGGGAGCUUACGGCAUUGUCUGUGCCGCCGUCAACAACCAGACAAACGAGGGCGUCGCCAUCAAGAAGGUCACCAAUGUCUUCAGCAAAAAGAUCCUCGCUAAGCGCGCCCUGCGCGAGAUCAAGCUUCUCCAGCACUUCCGUGGCCACCGAAACAUCACCUGCCUUUACGACAUGGACAUUCCGCGGCCGAACAACUUCAAUGAGACUUACCUCUACGAAGAGGUCAUGGAAUGCGAUCUCGCUGCCAUCAUCCGCUCUGGACAGCCCUUGACCGAUGCCCACUUCCAGUCUUUCAUCUACCAAAUUCUGUGCGGCCUCAAGUACAUCCACUCGGCGAACGUGCUGCAUCGUGAUCUGAAACCCGGCAAUCUGCUGGUGAACGCCGACUGCGAGCUCAAGAUCUGCGAUUUCGGUCUUGCUCGUGGCUUCUCCGUCGACCCGGAGGAAAAUGCCGGCUACAUGACGGAGUACGUCGCCACACGCUGGUACCGCGCGCCUGAGAUCAUGCUGAGCUUCCAGAGCUAUACAAAAGCCAUUGAUGUGUGGUCGGUUGGCUGCAUCCUGGCCGAGCUGCUGGGCAGCCGUCCGUUCUUCAAGGGUCGGGAUUACGUCGACCAGCUGAACCAGAUUCUGCAAAUCUUGGGUACGCCGAACGAGCAGACGCUGUCACGCAUCGGGUCUUCACGCGCCCAGGAGUACGUGCGCAACCUUCCGUUUAUGGCGAAGCGCUCGUUCCAGUCACUCUUCCCCAGCGCCAACCCCGAUGCCCUCGAUCUGCUGGACCGCAUGUUGGCAUUCGAUCCCAGUAGCCGCAUCACGGUCGAACAGGCUCUCGAGCACCCCUACCUGCAGAUUUGGCAUGAUGCCAGCGACGAGCCAGACUGCCCGGCCACGUUCAACUUCGAUUUCGAGGUCGUCGAUGAUGUGGAUGAGAUGCGCAGGAUGAUUCUGAACGAGGUCUACCGCUUCCGCCAGCUCGUUCGCACCGUGCCGGGCUCGGCAGGCCAUGCUGCAGCCCAGGCUGCCCAAGCCCAGCAGCAGGUGCCCAUGCCUGCUGGACACAGCCAGUGGACAUCAGAAGACCCACGCCCACAGGAGUACGUGAACCACCCUGCCGGCCUGGAGCAGGAGCUUGCUGGCGGGCUCGAUGCGCGGAGAUAG